CGGAUAAACUUGUAUGCGCAUCCAAUGAAAACGCGCCACAUAUUCCUUAUUUACUGUGUACAUGGCACUUGCGAACCAUUGUUCAAGAUUGAGGCAUCGAAAGCAAUCCAAAAUAUUGGUGACUAACCAUAUUGCAUCAUGCGAAAGCAUAAAUAAGACUUCAGCAGACUUCUUGAUGCAGUUCAUUCAUCGCGACAAGUAGCACGAAAUGCUGUGGUCAAGGCAACAUCACCGGACAGUGAAUUAGAUUGUUUAUAAACAUCACAUUACUUAAAUCAUCAUGGAUCAUAUUUCGGAUACAAGCAGUUACAUUAUGCUGGAGGAUAGCCAGGAUUACGUUAUGCCUGUAAGGGCUAAGAAGAGGCGUCUGGAUCAUUUGUCAUGGGAGGAAAAGUUGCAGAGAAAGAAACUUAAGAACAGGGUGGCAGCACAAACGUCCAGGGAUAGGAAGAAAGCAAAAAUGGACCAGAUGGAGACAACUGUCAACAAUCUGGUUGUUCAGAAUGAUACAAUAUUGUCUGAGUUGGAGAAGCUGAAAAGGAUUAACGAGAAAUUGGUUAGGGAGAACAAGGAGCUGACACAGAAGUUGAGGGAACCGUGCCAGGUUUGUUCUCAAAGUCGUUCUGUUGAGUGUGGUGUUCAGAUUGGGUCUACUGUAUCCAACCUUCUGCCGCAAGGUCUGAACAGACACUCAGCAGCGACUUUGAGUGCACAAACCCUGCCAGUCCUCUUGAAAAUUGUGAUGGCCUACCUUCUCUACCAGACCUCCUCGACGAGAUCACCCGUGACGUCGAUUUCGCCUCCUUGGGUGACCUCACACAGAGUCUCCUCGAAGACAUUGCCAGAGACCUGGAGACAGCUGCUCAAGAAACAGAUUCUAAAGAAUCAAAUGCAGUGUGUGGGUUUGAGGAAGUGGUGGGGCAGACAUCAGAACAAUUGGAAUCCAGUGGAAGUGUAAAAGUGGAAACGGACAAUAACAGUGAUCUCUCGGAGUUUUUACUUUUACACCACGAUUAUUCCAAAAGCUCAGCGAAAAAAACAAGACGGA